AUGUCAUAUCCAGCGCCUGUUCAGCUUAGCCGCGGUGACAACCCCGAGAAGGUGCGCAUCGUCAUGAACAAUGGCGGCGAGAACGGCAACGUCGCCUUCGAGGGCGAGGCUUCGAGUGGCAUCGACUUCACGUCCAAUUUGGGAGAUCCGACAAGGUCAACCACGGACCAAGAAGGGAACAGGAUCACAUUCAACAUCACUUCCUUCAGUUCACACGAGCCAACAUCGUACACCAUCACGGUGGACAGUCCAUCUCACACUAUCAGGUGGACCGCGGCCGGCGGCGUCGAGGUCCGCAAGGCGUCUUGGUUGGCGAAGUCGAAUGAAGGAAACAAGUCGCACAUUAUGGAAACAUCUACAAGUCCCGAGAAUCCUUGGUCAGUUUCUGGGAAGAGCUCGGCGGGCGUUGCACCGCCGGCAGCUCCCACUGUAAAGCGUGAAGAAACCUACGCAAUGACCCUCGGCAACGGGACUCUUAUCCUGCCAAUAAUUGCGGAGAAGAUUGCAACCUACACAGGCUUCAGUAUGUAUAUUGAGCUUCAGUGGACAUCAGAAGAUAAAUCCGGCACGACGACGAGCGGGGCUUUCGCCGUCUUCAAUGGACCCUAUCUAUCUAUAGCGUAUGAAGAGGCAGUCGAAAAACUUGCGGCCAAACGCGAUAGCAAUUCAGUCGAACAGUUUGGCAGGGAAGAGGAGAGUGACUCAACAUCACCAUUACCAACAUCCACUACUCAGGCAACAGCCUCCCCCACGGCCUCCGUGAGCCCAGAUGCAUCACAACCAACCAUCAGCAGUGGUCCCAGCAACGGCGGCGGUAGUAGUAGCAGCGGCGGCAGUAGUGGAGGUCUUGCGCCAGGUGCCAUCGCCGGCAUCGUCAUCGGCAGUGUUCUCGGGCUCGCCCUCAUCGCGUUCCUGAUAUGGUUCUGCCUCCGCCGUCGUCGCCGCCGCGCAGACUACGUCUCGGACGGCGCGUACGGCCCCGGCCACAACCCCCACGAGUACCUCGCCGACAAGGAGACUCACGCCAGGGUGACCGAGUCACCACACUCGCCCUACACGGACGACGGACAGCACCAGCACUCCCAGCACCACCUCCAGCAGCAGACACAACCCCAAGAACAGCAUCACCUCUCGCGAGAACUGCAUCAGGACGAUCACAACGACGCCCUUGAGACCGGCGCCGCCGCCGCAGUACCUGCCUCAGCCAUCAGCGCCACGGAACACCACCAGCCUCCCUUUGCGCCGUACAGCGAGGAGCACGCAUCCAUCGCCUCACGGUCGGUCGAGGACAUGACCCGCAGCGGCGCCGGCGGUCCGCGCUCGUCGACGCCCAACGUCAACUCCAACGUUUCGCAUCUGAUUGAGGACGGCAUGACGGAGGACGAGAUCCGAAGGUUGGAGGAAGAGGAAAUGGCGCUGGACGCGGCCAUUGAGCAAGCCGGACCGCGUAGGAAGCCGUAG